CCCAUUGACAUGAAGAAAGAUGGCGGUCUUCAGUGUGUAUGUUGUCAAUAAGGCUGGCGGACUCAUGUACCAGUACGAUAAUUAUGUGCCUCGGGCUGAAGUGGAGAAAACCUUCAGUUUUCCACUUGAUUUAGUAUUAAAGAUUCAUGAUGAGAAAGUUGUUGUUUCAUUCGGUCAGCGGGAUGGCAUCAGAGUCGGUCAUGCGGUUCUGUCCAUUAACGGGGUGGAUGUGAAUGGUAAAUACACAGCGGAGGGGAAGGACAUACAGGAGUAUCUGAAAGAUCCUGCGAACUAUCCGGUGUCCAUCAGAUUCGGCCGACCUCGACUCUCCUCCAAUGAGAAACUCAUGCUGGCGUCAAUGUUUCACUCACUGUUUGCUAUUGGAUCACAGUUAUCACCUGAGGUUGGCAGCUCUGGUAUUGAAAUGCUGGAGACAGAUGUGUUUAAACUGCACUGCUUUCAGACACUCACAGGAAUAAAGUUUAUUGUAUUGGCAGACCCACGACAGACUGGUAUUGAUGCUCUCUUAAGAAAGAUUUAUGAAAUCUACUCAGACUUUGCACUGAAGAAUCCUUUCUACUCUUUAGAGAUGCCUAUCAGAUGUGAGCUUUUUGACCAAAAUCUGAAGAGUGCCCUUGAAAUAGCAGAGAAAGCUGGUACAUUUGGACCGGUUUCCUGAACUGGACCUUCAUAAAGUAUAUUCAUUCACCUGAUGGGAUCUCUAGAAUUUCUGCAAUCAACCUUGUCCUGAAAAACGAUUGCUGGCAUAAGGAUUUCUUUCUGUCAGCAUUUAAAGGAAGAGGAACAAGACUGUUCCUUGAGGUCAAAUGAGUGAACCGAGUUUAAAGACCACUAUGACUGCCUUUUUUCACAUUCUUCUUUAACUUUCUUUUCAAGUAUAAUCAAUCCCAAGCUUGCAGUGAGAAAAUAAAAAUGGGUUUAAGAACCCUUUGUAAAUAAUGUAUAAGGACACAGUGUAAGUUGUUCGUCAUGAAACUCUUAUGCAGAGCUUCAAAACAAGAUGGAGCAACUCAAAGUUUGGCUACAUUAUAUAUCGUUCAUAUAAAUGUCAUGUUUAAUAGCAUCUGUCCAAAUGUAAUCUGAAAUUUGGUUUUAGUUCGCAGAGUAUGAUGAUGUUCAAUACAAUUUAAGCUCAGUCGACAGCAUUUGUGGCAAAAUGUUGAUUAGCACAAAAGAUCAUUUUGACUCGUCCAUCCUUUUCUUAAAAAAAAAAAAAAAAAAAAAAUUUAAAAUCUGGGUUCCAGUGAGGCACUUACAAUGGAAGUGAAUGGGGGCUAAUUUUUAGAGGGUUUAAAGGCAGAAAUGUGAAGCUUAAAACUUUAUAAAAACCCUUAUAUGAAUCAUUUAACACUCAUGUUUUAUUUGAGCUGUAAAGUUGUUGUAAAUCGUUGUUUUUACAGUCUUUUGGGGGUUUUAGGGUUUACAGUGUUGUGUUGUCAUGGCAAUAAAGUUGUAAAAUUGGGUAUAAUUUUACACAGAAAAGGUUAGCGAUCUUAUCACAUUAAAAUCGUGUUAACACGGAUAUUGUUUGUCUUAUAACUAUACUUUUGAAACAGUUGAGUAUUUUAACGUUUAUGGAUUGGCCCCCAUUCAUUUCCAUUGUAAGUGCCUCACUGUAACCUCGAUGUUUUGCCUUUUUUUUUUUUUUUAGAAAAGGAGGGACGAGUCGAAAUACAUUUUUGUGGUAAACAACAUUGUGCAACAAAUGCUGUCGAUUGAGCAUAGCUUGAAUUGAACCCGGAAUAUUCCUACGUAAAAUUAAGUAAAAACAAGUUUCUCAAAUUCUUUUAUUUAUUUAUUUUUUUUUGGGGGGGGGGGAUUUUUUCCCCUUUUUCUCCCAAUUUGGAAUGCCCAAUUCCCCAAUGCGCUCUAAGUCCUCGUGGUCGCAUAGUGAUUCGCCUCAGUCCGGGUGGCGGAGGACGAAUCCCAGUUGCCUCCGCGUCUGAGACAGUCAACCCGCGCAUCUUAUCACGUGGCUUGUUGAGCGCGUUGUCACGGAGACAUAGCGCGUGUGGAGGCUUCACGCCAUCCACCGCGGCAACCACGCUCAAUUCACCAUGCGCCCCACCGAGAACGAACCACAUUAUAGCGACCACGAGGAGGUUACCCCAUGUGACUCUACCCUAUUUGGUUGCUUAGGAGACCUGGCUGGAGUCACUCAGCACGCCCUGGGAUUCGAACUAGCGAACUCCAGGGGUGGUAGAAGUUUCUCAAAUUCAAAUAAAGGUCAAACGGGGCAUUUAUAUAAUGAACAUGCAAACAAGUACAGCAUAAUGUGAGUCUCGCAUUUGUUUUUUUUUUUGUUAUUUUUAUCCCCUUCUCUCCCCAAUUUGGAAUGCCCAAUUCCCACUACUUAGUAGGUCCUCGUGGUGGCGCGGUUACUCACCUCAAUCCGGGUGGUGGAGGACAAGUCUCAGUUGCCUCCGCUUCUGAGACCAACAAUCCGUGCAUCUUAUCACGUGGCUCGCUGUGCAUGACACCCCGGAGACUCGCAGCAUGUGGAGACUCAUGCUACACUCCGCGAUCCACGCACAACUUACCACACACCCCACUGUGAGUGAGAACCACUAAUCGCGACCACGAGGAGGUUACCCCAUGUGACUCUACCCUCCCUAGCAACCGUGCCAAUUUGGUUGCUUAGGAGACCUGGCUGGAGUCACUCAGCACACCCUGGAUUCAAACUUGCGACUCCAGGGGUGGUAGUCAGCAUCAAUACACGCUGAGCUAUCCAGGUCCCUUGAAUCUUGCAUUUAUUUAUUUAUAUGUACUAAUUUCAGUGUGCUAUUAAACAAUCAUGUGAUAUAACA